CUCCCCCCGGUCACGUGGGCGGGUGACUCGGCGGUCACGUGGGCGGCGGGGCCGGGCCGGGGCUGCGGCGCUCGCCAUGGGCUGCUGCUACAGCAGCGAGGCCGAGGCCUCCGACCAGGAGGAAGAGACGAAGCGGCUGCUGGAGCCGGCAGCCAGCCCUCCCAGCAAGGUGCUGAAUGGAGCGGAGCAGAGCUACCACAACCUGCCCUCGGCACGCACCGACGAGCAGGCCAUGCUGUCCUCCAUCCUCGCCAAAACGGCCAUCAACAUCAUCGACGUGUCGGCAGCGGAUUCCCAGGGCAUGGAGCAGCAUGAGUACAUGGACAGAGCUAGGCAGUACAGCACACGCCUGGCCAUGCUCAGCAACAACCUGACGCACUGGAAGAAGCUCCCGCUGCUGCCGUCUCUGACUAACCAACCGCACCAAGUGCUCGCCAGCGACCCCGUCCCCUUUGCAGACCUGCAGCAGGUGUCCCGGAUAGCCGCCUACGCCUUCAGCGCGCUCUCACAGAUCCGCGUCGACGCCAAAGAAGAACUGGUUGUACAGUUUGGCAUCCCCUGAGCCUGCCUCCAGCGCUGCCGCUUCACCGCUUUGGGUUGUUUGGGGGUUUCUUUCCCAUUUUUUUUCUCUUUGUUUCCCUUCCCUCCCCAUGGUGCUGCCACGGAACUUGGACAGAUAUCCUGUUUCCUACCAAAUGCCAAGACGCCCAUCACCGGCACGUCGAGCCCACCUGCAUUGCUCGAGGCUUUCUCCUCCUCGUGGGUGGGUUUGUGUGGGGAGGGGGCUGUGUCACCUGGACGCUGCCUUGCACAGGGAUGAGCACAAAGGGAACAACUGGCGCAAGGAGGCCCCGGUGUAGGUCAGCACCGCGUGCCACAUCACCAGGACAGGUGGGCUGGAGCCAGGUGGAUGUGAUGCUCUGCGUGGGGCCUGGUGGCUCUGACACCCUCCCUGCUCAUUUUUACAUGUUUAGACCUUUAUUUUGGGUUGUUUUGUUGUUUGGUUGUUUGUUUUGUUGUUUUUUCUUUUUUUUUUCUUUUUUUUUUUUUAAUUAUUGUUUUUGGCCACAGUAGAUAAAACCAUGUUCAUCCAGUGCCUGUCUCUGCCGUUCUCUGCCGGCCGCAGCAUGGAUGUGGUGGGAGAGCCCAGGGGGAGCUGUGCUGUGGUGGGGAAAGGACACACACAUCCCACUAUCCCUUGUCACCAUCACGACCCCUGGGGCCAAGAGGAUGCCCCUGGGUAGAGGAUGUGUGAUGACCCACCCUUAAGGGGAAGGAAGCACCAAAGGUUUUUAAAGGCUCAUGCUCAAAAGGAACAACAAAAGUCAGAGGGUCUGCAAAGAAUCAGAAGGUUUUGUUAGUAAAUGACACAUUUGGCAUGGAAA